AGACCUGGAGAAGUAUUACCUAUUCUUACUACUGAGACCUGGCGAAGUAUCACCUAUUCUCACUACCAAGAACUGGAGAAGUAUUACCUAUUCUUACUACAGAGACCUGGAGAAGCAUCACCUAUUCUCACUACCGAGACCUGGAGAAGUAUUACCUAUUCUCACUACCGAGACCUGGAGAA